UGGUUCUCGUUUUCAUUUUGCGUACAAUCACGCUAACCUAAAAAGAGAACAGUCUGUUGUAUUUUUAGUUUUCUUUAUUUAAGUGUACUUGCAGCGAAUUUUUCUUUGAAGUCCAGUGUAAGUUUAAUCAUGUCUGAACCUGCAGGAAAUUGGUGUUUAAUUGAAAGUGAUCCUGGGGUUUUCAGCGAGUUAAUUAGAGAAUUUGGCGUAAAAGGUGUCCAAGUAGAAGAAUUAUGGAGCUUAGAUGGCGAACAAUUUGAAAAUUUGAAACCAAUUCACGGAUUAAUAUUUCUUUUUAAAUGGGCCAAGGAUGACGAAUGUUCGGGAUCGAUAGUACAAGACAGCAGACUGGAUAAAAUAUUUUUUGCGAAACAAGUUAUAGAAAAUGCCUGCGCCACUCAAGCCAUUCUCAGUGUAUUGCUGAAUUGUCGCCAUUCCGACUUGAAAUUAGGCACGACAUUAACGGAACUUAGAGAUUUUUGCCAAGGUUUCGAUGCAAACAUGAAGGGUUUAACGAUUAGCAAUUCUCCCGUCAUUAGAUCGGUACAUAACUCCUUCGCACGUCAAACUUUGUUUGAAUUUGACAAUUCCAUGACGGCAAAAAGUGAUGAUGUGUUUCAUUAUGUGGGGUACAUACCAAUAGACGGACGACUAUACGAAUUGGACGGCCUCAAGCCCGGCCCACUCGAUUUGGGUCCCAUUCCAGCUGAUACUGACUGGACGGAUUUUGUAAGGCCAAUCAUUGAUAAACGGAUACAAAAGUAUAGUGAAGGAGAAAUUCAUUUUAAUUUAAUGGCGAUAGUGUCUGAUAAAAAAAUGCUGUACGACAGACAAAUUCAACAAUUACAAAAGCAGGUCGAAGAUAGUGGCAUGGAGACGGACGGCCAGCAGACUGAAUUGGCGCGCUUAAGGUUGCUAAUUGAAGAAGAGGAAAACAAGCAGCGCCAAUACCAAAUUGAAAAUAUAAGAAGAAAGCAUAAUUAUUUACCUUUAAUUGUUGAAAUUUUGAAACUUUUAGCUAAGGAAGGGAAACUUAUGCCAUUGUAUGAGAAAGCUAAGGAGAGAACUUUAAAGAAGCAAAAAAGUAAAAUGUCUUAAAAAAAAUGUCUUGAAUUGUUAUUGUGCCUAAUAAAACGUUGCUGUAGCCCAAAGGCAGAACCUGAA